AUGUCCCCUAACAGGCCCGUAACUGAAAUUACUCUCGCUCCAAUCGAUCGCGGAUUUUCUGCAUGGGCAACGGUCGUUGCGUCCAGUGCUCUGGGCUGUUUGGUCUGGGGGUUCCCAAAUUCUUCCGGCGCGCUCCUUGCAGAGUACAUGAAGGAUCCACUUUACAGCUCACAAAAGAACGCAGCGUCUACUCUACCGCUGAUCGGAACACUCUCUACGGGUAUUUUAUACUGCUCAGGUAUCAUCAUAUAUCCCCCAAUAUACUAUUACCCACGCCUUCGCAAAAUUUACCUGUGGUCUGGAGUUUUCAUAUGUUUCCCUAGCUUGCUCGGUGCGAGCUAUACUACGAACGUGAAGUUGUUGAUCGUCCUGCAAGGGGUGGUCUAUUCAAUAGGCGCCUCACUAGUCUACUAUCCUAUCCUUUCAUACUUGUCCGAAUGGUUUGUGCAGCGCCGGGGCUUGGCGAGUGGGAUUGUUGUCGCAGCUGACAACAUCGGCGGCGUUCUCUUCCCCAUAAUCAUACCGACCCUCGUCAAGCACUUCGGGAUUAUGAUAACAACGCGCAUCUACGCAGUCAUGCUAGCAGUAUGCUUGUUGCCUGCAGUUCCAUUCAUGAAGGCACGUCUACCGGAAUCGCGCGUGGGCAGUCCCACGCGCCAUCCGGCGACACGUUCGUGGGUGCACGACCGCAGGUUCUGGUUCUUCGUCACUAUAAACACGAUCCAGGGUUUUGCGCACUUUGUGCCCCUCACCUGGUUACCAACAUUCGCAACCUCACUCGGCCUCACAACAAGUCAGGCUUCGCUGACGCUGACGCUUGCCAAUGCCACAUCCAUCAUCGCCGGGUUCGUGGUGGGCUGGCUUAGCGAUCGGUGCAAUAUCUGGGCUCUCGCAUCCACAUUGCUACUGCUCAGCUCGCUCGCGACACUCAUGCUAUGGGGCGUAGCAUCGUUCUCGUUCGCGGGAGUCCUCGCGUAUGGAGCGGUUUACGGUGUCACCGCGGGUAGCUGGUCGAGUCUGUGGAGUGGAUUCGUGCGGCCCCUCGCAUUGGGCGAUCCAUCCGUCGCGACCACAAUAAUCAACCUCAUGAUGUUCAGCCGCGGAGUUGGGAGCAUUGCGUCUACGCCAAUUUCUACUGCACUUCAGCAUUCGAAACUUGUGGUUGCACUGGGCAGUGGCGUAACAAAGACCGGCUUCGCAGUCGAUGGAGGGCGGUACACUGCCGUCAUCAUCUACACCGGUGCAUGUUUCGCGUGUGCAGCUUCUGUCACCGUUUUGGGUUGGAUUUUUGACAAGAGGCGAGGCAUAGGGGGAGCAGAAGAGGCAUGCGAUGUGUUCCGUGAUCGUAUCACGGAGAAGGCGUGA